CGAAUUACAAAUAAUUCAAGGAAACAAAUUAUAUUUUGUAACCUUUGCUUACAAAAAUGGAACCUAUUGCUUAUAUAUUAACCCUGUUUUUAAUUUUAUUUGUUUAUAAUUUUCAUCACCAACUGCAGGUUCUCGCAUUGGCUACCUCUGGAUCCGAUCAUGAUUUUAGGUACAUGGAAUCUGUGUACGACGCCACCGAGAUGUCGUCGGAGGAAGAAUAUUACGACUACAUCAUAAUCGGAGGUGGCACAGCAGGGUGUCCCUUGGCCGCAACCCUUUCCCAAAACUACUCAGUUCUUGUCCUUGAGAGAGGCAGUGUCCCCAAAUCUCACCCAAACGUCUUGCACCUAAGCGGCUUUUUCGCCAAUCUCAUGGAAGAAGAGGGAGACGACAACGGCGGCGUUACGCCGGCGCAGAGGUUCACGUCGGAGGAUGGGGUUGAGAACGUGAGAGGUAGGGUUUUGGGAGGAACAAGCAUGCUUAACGCCGGCUUCUUUUCGCGAGGUGACGAGGGCUUCUUUUCUCAGUCCGGCGUGAAAUGGGAAAUGGAUAUAGUUGAGAAGGCGUAUGAGUGGGUGGAAGAGAGCAUAGUGUUCCGGCCAAGGUUGCCCGUUUGGCAAUCUGCAGUGAAAGAUGGUUUGUUAGAGGCUGGUGUGGGUCCUGACAAUGAGUUUCUAUUGAAGCAUCAGCUUGGCACCAAAGCUUCUGGUUCCACUUUUGAUGAAGUUGGGAGAAGGCAUGGUGCUGUGGAGCUUCUUAAUAAGGCAAACUUGAAGAACUUGCGAGUCGCUGUUCGUGCCACUGUGGAGAGAAUCAUCUUCUCCACGAAAGAAUCAAGAAAUUAUCAAUCUGGCGAUGACAGUGAUAGCUCUCCACAACCGAAUGCAAUUGGAGCCAUAUACAGUGAUUCAAAUGGAAAGUCUCACACAGUAUUAAUUCGACACAAAGGAGAAGUUAUUCUAAGUGCAGGUGCAAUUGGAACCCCUCAGCUUUUGCUACUUAGUGGAAUCGGACCACAUUCCUACCUCUCAUCACUUAGUAUCCCCAUAGUCCACUCCCAACCUAACGUAGGAGAUUUUCUAGCCGAUAAUCCUCGUAACAACGUUAAUCUCAUAAUCCCAUCUCCAACUGAGCCUUCCUCAGUCCAAGUCGUAGGAAUCACAAGCCAUUAUUUCAUCGAAACUAUCUCUGCCAAUCUUCCUAUUGCCCCAACUCCGCCAGCUUUCGGCCUUUACCCAAAGUCCUCUACUGCGGAUUUGAGUAUGACCAUCAUUUGCGAAAAGCUAAGGCAACCCUUGUCAAGUGGCUCACUAUGGUUGGCUUCGCCAACCGACGUGAGAGUCAGUCCACAUGUGCGCUUCAACUACUUUGCUCACCCGGAAGACCUUUCCCAUUGUGUUACUGCAAUGAGGAAGAUUGGGGAGGUGUUAAAGGCCAAGUCCCUGGAACGAUUUAAGAUGGUGGAUUCUGAAGGAGAAAGAGAUUUUAUGUAUUUUGGACCAUCUUUGCCAGCGAAUCAGUCGGAUGAGUCGGCGAUGGAAGAGUUUUGUCGAAGCACGGUGACCACCAUUUGGCAUUACCACGGCGGAAGCGCUGUUGGGAAAGUUGUUAACGGUAAUUUUCAGGUUAUGGGGGUUAGCUCGCUUCGUGUUGUGGAUGGUUCAACUUUUCGUCUCUCUCCCGGGACCAAUCCUCAGGCCACUGUCAUGAUGUUAGGCCGGUAUGUGGGGCUUAAGAUGUUGCAGGAAAGAGAAGCUGAAGCAAAUGCAGAGUAUUAUUAGAUCAUUAAAUUGUAGCAUCGAAGUUUUAUAUAUCUAAAAACAAUCUUAUAUAUAUAUAUAUAUAAAUAAAUAGAAUAAAUAGCGUUUUUGUCCUCCGAACUAUGACCAUUGUAUGAUCGUGCUCCCUGAAUAAUUCGCGAUGUUAAAAAUUUGCCCAAACUAUGCACGUUACUAAAAUAUGAGACUUCUGUUAGAUUUCGUCUUAUGUGGCUAACAGAUUGAUGA